AUGCAUGCAUACACUCACAGCCUCGGUAAUGUUGGAAGUGUUGUGUUUGUUGCCAUUGCUUACGGCCGCGUUCCAGGCUGCGAAUUGAUUCUACACUGUCCUUUCUCGUUUGGUCGGUCUGUCUGUCUGCCGCCUAAACGACAGGCCCAACAAGCAGAGCACCGACUGGCCAACCAGAAGGGCGGUCUCUCAUACCAAUCAACCAUCCAGCCAUCCAGUCAACCAACUGGGCACCAUUGGCCAAUCAGAAGUCGGCAUGCUUGGCAGUGUGUUGAAAUGAAAAAUCGAUAUGCUCUACUUGAAUGCGUGCACCGCGCUCUGUCUGCCUGCUCUGCGGGCCUACUUGCUUGUCCGGCCAAGGCGACCGGUGUUGUUCUCUGUGUUGCCAGUUUUUCCGACGUUUCCUGCCUCACUGCUGUCGCUCCGGUGGCUAUUUGUCGUUGCUGUGUCUCUGUCGUCUCCUCAGCAUUUGCAGGCUUUGCAGUUGUUGAAGCUGUUGCAGUCUGCAUCCUUUCUACAAGUGUCGCCGUGAUGCACGAAGACGGCGAUCUGCCCCUCAAGCCUCGAGGGCUUCAGCACGUCUGCUCGUCGGCCGUGUCGUCGGCCGAGGGGGAUUUCUGUCUGCACGCUUCUUCGGUCAACUUCCCAUUCCUGGCG